AAAGUGCACCGCCUGUGAGCGCGCGCAAACGACUCCACCCCGUCGACCUUCUCGGAAAUUGUUCGAAUAAAUCCAUUUAUUCGUCCAAUCUCUUCCACUUCUACACAAAAAUGCACAUCAACACGCCAGUUCUAUUGGCUAUCAUCUACUUUCUUGUAUUUGCUCCGAAGUCAGCGGAUGCUUGGUGGUUACUUUCCAAAACGGACACCUCAUCAGCGAAUUCUGGAAGCUCACCGAUUCUCUGCAAAAAUGUUCCUGGAUUAACGCCUCAACAGAAGCGAAUGUGUCAUGAGAAUCCGAAUAUCAUCAAGUAUCUGAUUUCUGGACUUCGAAGUGCUCUUCACACUUGCGAGUACACAUUUCAACGAGAAGCAUGGAACUGUACUUUAACACUUCCUGGUGUUGGAACUUCACCUCUUCAAAUUGCCUCUCGUGAAUCAGCUUAUGUGUACGCGAUUUCGGCGGCCGGUGUGUCUCACUCGUUGGCUCGUGCCUGUUCAAAGGGCUUAAUCGACGAUUGUGGAUGCGGAGAAACACCACAAGGAUCUGGAAGUGUAGCAGUCUCUCAAGCUUCUUCUCGUUCUUCAAGUGAUUUUGUUUGGGCUGGAUGCUCGGACAAUGUCAAGUUUGGAAACACUUUCGGGCGGAAAUUCGUGGACCAGUACGAUCGCCAGCACGCAACCGAGCCACGUUCUCAGAUGAAUUUGCACAAUAAUAGGGUCGGACGUCGCCUUCUUGUUAAUGCCAUGAAUAAAGAAUGCAAAUGUCAUGGAGUCUCGGGAAGCUGUGUCACAAAGACCUGUUGGAAAGUUAUGCCGAAAUUUGAUGAAUUUGCAUCGCGUCUUCAUCAAAAGUACCAACUGGCCAAACUUGUUACAAAUAACGAUCAGAAGCUUACUGUCAGAAGUUCUCCAUCCGCUGGAUCUUCAGGAAGAUCAGAAAGAUUUGCCAGAAAUAUGGAUGCUUCUUCAAAGCAAAUGCGUAAUGAGCUCAUAUACCUGGAUGCUUCACCAAACUACUGCGCAAUCGACGUCAAGGAUCGUGAGUGUGGUGAAAACUGUCCGAACAUUUGCUGUGGAAGAGGAUGGCGAACGACUCGCGAAAUAGUUGAUGAGCCCUGCCACUGUCAGUUUGUUUGGUGCUGUGAGGUGAAAUGUAAAACAUGCAAGAAGUUAGUAGAAAGAAACUACUGUUUGUAGCAAAAUUUUCCCAAUAUUGGGCCCAAUGUAUGUUUCAUUUUGUUUUUUACCUUUUUUCCCAUUGAUCUUGUCACUGUCGCAUUUUUUGCCGAUGUACAUUCCGAGUAACCAAUACCGUACUUAUCACUAUUUUUGUCGCGUUUUCCUUCAUAACUUUAUAGAAUUUUAAUGAUCCACAAAUGCAUUUUCCUUUUUCAUAUUUCAAAGUUUAUAUUUAUCACGCCUACUCACGCUUUUACUUGUCUGAUCAUGUUUUAAAUCCCCUAACUGUGUGACAGUUCUUUUUUAUCUAGGAGCAUUUUUACCCGCUUGUCUAUCUAAUAAAUAUCCAAAAUAAU